GGCGGAAGUUGUCCCCGCGGUGGCGGCGGAGAAUAAGGCCUUGGUACGGCAACGGGGACGCUCCGGUAGGCUGGAGCUACGGGCGCGGAGCCGUCUGAAGAACUGAGUGUGAUUUAAUUUAAAGCAAGACUGAGAAAUGCAUUCUCUCUCUGUAUCCAUUCAGACUGCUCUUUGAUGGCCAUGGCAUAAGGAGCAUUAUCCUGGGAAUACAGCUUUGCUCUUGGGGAGAUGCGAAAAAACGUUUAUUCAUCCCAGAUAGGGCACCAAGGACAGAGCAAAGUACGAUUCCAUCAUCAAAGUCCAACUUGUCGAACCACACUAAACAAGAUUGGUGAUGAAAUGGAGCCUGGAACGAACUCUUUUCAAGUAGAGUUUCCAGAUUUUUCCAGCACCAUUCUGCAGAAACUAAACCAGCAGCGCCAGCAAGGACAGUUAUGUGACGUCUCCAUUGUUGUCCAAGGCCACAUUUUCCAGGCGCACAAAGCUGUUCUUGCCGCCAGUUCUCCCUACUUUUGUGACCAAGUACUCCUGAAAAACAGUAGGAGAAUUGUUUUGCCCGAUGUAAUGAACCCAAGAGUGUUUGAGAACAUUCUUUUAUUUAGCUACACAGGACGCCUUGUCAUGCCUGCUCCAGAAAUUGUUAGUUACUUAACAGCGGCCAGCUUCCUCCAGAUGUGGCACGUGGUGGACAAGUGCACCGAGGUUCUGGAGGGAAACCCCACGGUCCUGUGUCAGAAGCUGAACCACGGCAGUGACCACCAGUCUCCCAGUAGCAGUAACUACAACGGCCUGGUGGAGAGCUUUGAGCUGGGCUCUGGGGGCCACACUGAUUUCCCCAAAGCCCAGGAACUGAGAGACGGAGAGAAUGAAGAGGAGAGCACCAAAGACGAGCUGUCAUCUCAGGUCACCGAGCACGAGUAUUUGCCCAGUAACUCGUCUACUGAGCACGACCGACUGAGCACAGAGAUGGCCAGCCAGGACGGGGAGGAGGGGACCAAUGACAGUACUGAGUUCCACUACACCCGGCCUCUGUAUAGCAAGCCCAGCAUCAUGGCUCAUAGGCGCUGGAUCCACGUGAAGCCUGAGCGCUUGGAACAGGCAUGGGAUGGCAUGGAUGUUCACGCAGCCUACGAUGAGCACCAGGUCACUGAAUCCGUCAAUACCAUGCAGACGGAUCACUCUGCCCAGCCUUCGGGAGCAGAGGAGGAGUUCCAAAUUGUGGAAAAGAAAGUGGAAGUAGAGUUUGAUGAGCAAGCAGAAGGCAGCAGCUAUGAUGAACAGGUGGACUUCUAUGGCUCCUCCAUGGAAGAGUUCUCUGGAGAAAAGUUGGGUGGGAAUCUAAUUGGACACAAACAGGAGGCUGCCCUUGCCGCAGGCUACAGUGAGAAUAUUGAAAUGGCGAUGGGGAUAAAAGAAGAGGCGUCCCACUUAGGAUUCUCGGCCACCGACAAGCUGUAUCCUUGUCAGUGUGGGAAAAGUUUCACGCACAAAAGUCAGCGAGAUCGACACAUGAGCAUGCACCUCGGUCUUCGCCCGUAUGGCUGUAGUGUCUGUGGUAAGAAAUUCAAAAUGAAGCACCAUCUCGUGGGCCACAUGAAAAUUCAUACAGGCAUAAAGCCCUACGAGUGUAAUAUCUGUGCAAAGAGAUUUAUGUGGAGGGACAGUUUCCACAGGCAUGUGACUUCUUGUACCAAGUCCUAUGAAGCUGCAAAGGCUGAGCAGAAUACAACUGAGGCUAACUAAAAAUAGGGUCUGGCCCUUGAGUGGCAUGCAUAAAAAUAAACUAUGGUAAUUAAUGCAAAUCUGGGCACAGAUGAUGCGUGCCACUUGCUAUUAUGAGAGAGGCUUAAAAAAAAAAAAGAUAUUUCUGAAAGACCAGCUCUAAGUAGGCCAAUUAAAAGAUUUAAUUUCUCAAAUCUGUAUGUUCUCAUCCUGGCCUAAAUGGAUGAUGGGGCUAAGUUCACCCAGUGCCCAGCUGGCAAGACAGCUCUUCCAGUCAGCAGUGGCUAAGGCAGGGGACUGGGUGGCAGAAUCUAACCCAGUCCUGCCCAGGUGGCAGCGGCCGGCUGUCACUGUUGUCCUGAGGUCUUGUUGCAUUUUGUUCUCUCCUGGUAGCUACAGGGCUUCUGGGCUUUGCUUUGGUAGCUGCAUCUCUGGAUGCUGCUCCCCUCAAGGCUACAGCAAGGACUCCUGGGCUGAGCUGUGAGCAGAGCUCUUUUUUGUCUACUUUCAUACCGUUCUAAAGGUUCUAGCUAAAGCCCUGGUGAUGUCAGGCGGAGCUUCAGAGUCCGAAGCAGGAGACACUGUCACCAUGCUGCAGAUUCUGGAUAAGGCACGAUUUUAUGUUUAAUUCUACUUGGUCAAGUCUAUGGGUGCCAGAGAUAGGUGUUUCUAGUUGGUGUGUUGUCCUACGCUUCCCUCAUUUAAUGGCAGGGGAAGACCAGUUUGCAGUGUCACACGACAGUGCUGGCUAGCAGUGACCUGUGGCUCCUCUGCCUUAGAUCAUGGUGCUACCCAAAAGGGCAGCCAGGGACCACAGCUCCUGAGACUAAGCCAGAAUGGAUGGCUGAGGGUUCUCCAGGAACAAGACGUUCCCAGACUCAGUAAGUGAGAGGCAGCAACUUAUACACAGAAGGCUUGAGAAAGGAAUCCUAAAAACACUGGUGUGGACAGUGCUCAGUUAGAGGGUGCGCUGAGCAAUAUUGUCAGCUCUUUGUGGCUUCAGAGGGGGAAGGAGCCCUACAUUAAGCAACGUCAUCUACAGACUCAUGUUCCCCAGUCACAGAGAAAGCUGCAUUUACAAGUCCCAGUAGUUUAUGCAUACACACACCAUACAUACAUACAUACAUACAUACAUACACCAUCUCUGCAAGGACAAGGCUGUCCUUGAGGUCUGUUCUGCAUGGUCAGAUGUUUUAGGUUGGGAAGAAAGCUUAAGCUCAGAAAGCUUUAAGCCUGUGACGGGCCUGAGGCUCCUGCUGGGUAGGGGUCUGGUGUGCUUUGCGUUACUGGCCAAAGCAGCUUAGGGAGGAAAAGGUUUAUGUCAGCUCACACCACCGUCAGUGAGGAAACUCCAGGCAGGAACUUGAACAUUGACAGUCAAGACUGCUGGCCAGACACGCCCACAGGCCACUCCCACAGCAGAGACUCCCUCUGGCUCUAGGCUGUGUCAGACAGAGCUAGACAGUAGGGCAGGGGUUUGCUCCUAUAUUAUCAUCUGUUUCAUUUUUAAAGUUUGGCUUUCUCUAACAUGACAGACAUUUCUGGCAAAAGCCUCUGGUCUUCAGGCCCUGACACAAAGGAUGUACCUUUGACCUUUGUCUGGAAAGAGGAAAGAAAAAAGAAAAUAUGGACUCGCCAGUAAAUGUUUGUGAUCAAGAUUACAAAACAGGGAUCUAUUUACAAACACUGUAUCAGUCUUGGCAUAUAAAAGCACUUUGUAUUAAACCUUUAUUAUAAGUAUAGAUGUAGGGUUGUUUUUGUUUUAAAAUCUAGAAACUAGGUAUUACCUCCUAGUGGUUUGCUACAUUCAGAUCUUCCAGUGUCUGCCAGUCAGCAGCCCUGUCCCUGUCCCUGUCCCUGAGAAGUGAAUACAGAUGUACAGUCACACUCACACGCCUCCUACCCUUCACGUAUUAGAGGCCAGUGGGUUUCCGGAUGACCCUGAGCUUGGUGAGGAUGAAGUGCUUUUGGCUUCUUAGUAUUUCUACACUGAGGCAGUUAAGCUGUUCUGUUGUCAGAAGCAACCCUCAUGUUCAUGCCUUCUGCCUGCUGGGCAGAUCCAUGUGCUGUCUCCCAUUGAAGUCUAUUCAUAUAAGAGCUGAGACCUUUGCAGGGAAGAGUUUGGGGGGUAAAACAAGCCUGGUCCUUGGGUUGUACUGAGUCAGUAACCUUUGUCAAAAGCUGACAAAGCUUUCGUUCAGUUGGAAUGUGGCAGACCCUGUGAGAAGGUGGGGUGUCCACGGUCCAGAAGGCUUCUGACCUGCCUUUCCCAGUAGAGAGCCUUUCUGGCAGCCUGCCCUGUUAGAGUACCAGCCUCUCCCCUCACCACUGCCUUAGGAAAUAAAUCCUCACCCUUCCAGAAGAGCCUGACUAGUCUAGUCGUGGGCAGCACUGCCCACCAGUACAAUGUAUGUCUCCACUCUGAGCCUUGGCUGGUUGUCUCCAGUCCGAGUACAAAGGGCUUCAAGGCCCCACUGGUUGCGUUUCCUAAUCUGCAGGCACAUGCCUUCAAUCUGGGAUGCACACGUCACAGGAGCUCCUCUUGUGCUGUGGUUUACCUUGUGUUCUCCCGAGCCCUGGCCCAGGACCUGGGAUUUCUGCUCUCACCACCUCCGCCUACAUCUUCAGAGCCUGCCCUAAAGGCUCCCUUCCAUUGCAGGAGAGAGGAGUUUCCUGAACCACUCUGACCCUGGGCCGCCUUUUAGCUGUUGGGAAAGCUACGUGCUACCGUGGGUGAUGUACCCUGAGAAGUUGAACAUUCUGGAAAAGGUGUACUGGGGCUGAGUCCCCAAGGUCGGGGUGGAGCUUUGCUGUGCCCACAGAUGUGGUUGCUCCCUAAAUUCUCAGAUACUUUGGAAAUGCUGAGGGCCAUAGGCCAGGCUAUCCUUGGCCUCCUGGGAACUAGGCUGCUUUGACCGUAAAACUAACUUUAUCCAGAGAAUCCUGGGUUGCUUUGGGUUUUGUUUUUCUUUUUGUUCUCUCUCUGCUAUUUACAUAUUUAAAGGUACUAGUUUGCAAACCUCUACUGAUAGUGCCCUGUGGGAAGAUGCUGGAACACCUUUUGCAAAUGUGAUUUUUUUUUUCAUUUUAAAUGUUGCUUGAAGCCUGUGUCAUGUCAGUUGCUGCUGCCUCCUUUCCUUUUAUGAGGGUCCCAAUGUUUCUUCCAGAAAGUUAUUUUAUUUAUGCAAGUCAGGUGACUCUUAGACCACAGAACCAUGGGAUGAUAAGCAGAUUGUCAUUAGGUGCAUAUCAUGGAUAUUUGUGAACCACCUGUGUUUUAGAAGUUAAAUAGUUCUUUCUAGAAUUGCUGUCUUCAGUGUACAGCGUGGUUUUAAUUGAAUGUUACCGUUUAAUAUUUUCUUCUUAUAGAAGAGACCAUGUCCUUUUGUAUGACAAGUUUUAAUAAAUGUUACCUGUCCAUUUUGUACAAA